CCGCCUCCCAGUCCGCUUCUUCUUCUUUAGCCCCCGCCUUGUUCACUUUCAAAGUUUACUCCCGGCCGUGAUCUGCGGCGGAAACGAGCCAUGGCUGUCUACCUCGGGAUGCUGCGCCUUGGGAGGUUGUGUAUCGCGAGCCUGGGGGCGCAGGGGCCCCGGACGCUACUCUCUCGGCCUUGGCAGAACUCGAAGUUGCACUGUGCCCGCGCACUCAGUUCUGGAACAGUAAAUUGCACCAACCCCGUGCCCAUCGGAGGCCUCAGUUACAUCCAGGGCCACACCAGCUCCCAUCUUGUCAACACAACUGUGGGUGAGUGCCUGGAUGCCACAGCACAGAAGUUCCCCAACAGAGAGGCCUUGGUUAUCCUCCAUGAAAACAUCAGGCUGAACUUUGCACAGCUCAAGGAGGAGGUGGACAAAGCUGCUUCUGGUCUCCUGAGCAUUGGCCUCCGCAGGGGCGACCGGCUGGGCAUGUGGGGACCCAACUCCUAUGCAUGGGUGCUUAUACAGUUGGCCACUGCCCAGGCAGGCAUCAUACUGGUGUCUGUGAACCCAGCCUACCAGGCCGCAGAACUGGAAUAUGUCCUCAAAAAGGUAGGCUGCAAAGCCAUUGCAUUCCCUAAGCAAUUCAAAACCCAGCAGUACUACAACAUUCUGAAGCAGAUCUGUCCUGAGCUGGAAAAGGCUCAGCCUGGAGCCUUGAAGAGUAAGAGGCUCCCAGAUCUGACCACAGUCAUCUCAGUAGAUGCCCCUUUGCCCGGGACCCUGCUUCUGGAUGAUGUGGUGGCAGCUGGUAGCAAAGAACAGAAUCUGGCCCAGCUGCGGUACCACCAGCAAUUCCUGUCCUGUCACGACUCCAUCAAUAUCCAGUUUACCUCGGGAACUACUGGCAGCCCCAAGGGGGCCACUCUAUCCCACUACAACAUUGUAAACAACUCCAAACUGAUAGGCCAGCGGCUGAAGUUGCACACAAAGACUGCAGAAGAGUUGCGGUUGGUCCUGCCCAGUCCCCUGUACCACUGCCUGGGCUCCGUGGGGGGCACAAUGGUGUCUAUGAUGUAUGGUGUUACCCUCCUCCUGUCUUCACCAAGCUUCAAUGGCAAGAAGGCACUGGAAGCCAUCAGCAGAGAGAAAGGCACCCUCCUGUAUGGCACCCCCACGAUGUUUGUGGAUGUUCUGAAUCAGCCAGACUUCUCCAGUUAUGACUUCUCAUCCAUACGUGGAGGUGUGAUUGCCGGGUCCCCAGCACCCCCAGAGUUGAUCCGAGCCAUCAUCAACAAGAUGAACAUGAAGGAGCUGGUGGUUGUUUAUGGAACCACAGAGAACAGUCCCGUGACCUUCAUGAACUACCCGGAGGACACCCUGGAGCAGAAGGCAGAAAGUGUGGGCAGAAUUAUGCCUCACACAGAGGCCCAGAUCGUGAACAUGGAGACAGGGGAGCUGACCAAGCUGAACACGCCAGGGGAGCUGUACAUCCGAGGGUACUGCGUCAUGCAGGGCUACUGGGGCGAGCCACAGAAGACCUUCGAAACAGUUGGACAAGACAAGUGGUAUCGGACAGGAGACAUUGCCACUAUGGAUGAGCAGGGCUUCUGCAAGAUCGUAGGCCGUUCUAAGGACAUGAUCAUCAGGGGUGGUGAGAACAUCUACCCUGCAGAGCUGGAGGACUUCUUCCACAAACACCCUCAGGUGCAGGAAGUGCAGGUGGUGGGGGUGAAGGACCAGCGGAUGGGGGAGGAAAUCUGUGCUUGCAUCCGGCUGAAGAGUGGGGAGACCACCACAGAGGAAGAGAUCAAAGCUUUCUGCAAAGGGAAGAUCUCCCACUUUAAGAUUCCCCGAUACAUCGUGUUUGUUGACAACUAUCCUCUCACCAUCUCAGGAAAGAUCCAGAAAUUCAGACUCCGAGAGCAGAUGGAACAACAUCUAAAACUGUGAAGCAAAGGAGGGUCCUUCCAGAGCCCCUCAGCCCUCCCACACAAAGGAGGGUCCUUCCAGAGCCCCUCAGCCCUCCCACACAAAGGAGGGUCCUUCCAGAGCCCCUCAGCUCUUUCACACAAAGUAGGGUCCUUCCAGAGCCCCUCAG